UGUGUGGCCGUUGGGGCGGGCGUUGCGGGGCAUGGAGUGGAAGCAGGCGUUGCGGGGCCGGCUGGCCGCCUGCACCGGCCCUAAAAAAAGUGAACAAGAGCUAAAGGAUGAAGAAAUGGAGUUGUUUACAAAAUACUACAUGGAAUGGAAAGGAGGAAGAAAAAGCGUUAAUACAUCCUACAUGAAUAUACCACGGUUUUAUUACAGGCUACCAGCUGAGGAUGAAGUCUUACUGCAGAAAUUAAGAGAAGAAUCUAGAGCAGUCUUUCUACAGAGAAAAAGUAGAGAGCUGUUAGAUAAUGAAGAGCUGCAGAAUUUGUGGUUUCUGCUGGACAAACAUCAGACACCACCUAUGAUUGGGGAGGAAGCAAUGAUCAAUUAUGAGAGCUUCUUGAAAGUUGGUGAGAAAGCUGGACCCAAGUGCAAGCAGUUCUUUACAGCGAAAGUCUUUGCUAAAUUACUCCACAAUGAUCCCUAUGGAAGGAUAUCUAUCAUGCAGUUCUUCAAUUAUGUGAUGAGAAAAGUAUGGCUUCACCAGACAAGAAUAGGCCUCAGUUUAUAUGAUGUGGCAGGACAGGGUUACCUCAGAGAAUCGGAUUUAGAAAAUUAUAUUUUGGAACUUAUCCCUACUUUGCCACAGUUGGAUGGUUUAGAAAAAUCAUUUUACUCGUUCUAUGUCUGCACUGCGGUUAGAAAGUUCUUCUUCUUUUUAGACCCUCUCAGAACAGGCAAGAUAAAGAUACAAGAUAUUUUAGCUUGCAGCUUUCUGGAUGACUUAUUGGAGUUAAGGGAUGAAGAACUUUCUAAAGAAAGUCAAGAAACAAAUUGGUUUUCUGCUCCGUCCGCAUUGAGGGUUUAUGGCCAGUAUUUAAAUCUUGACAAAGAUCACAAUGGUAUGCUCAGCAAAGAGGAACUGUCCCGCUAUGGAACAGGGACUCUGACCAACAUAUUUUUAGAUCGUGUCUUCCAGGAAUGUCUGACUUAUGAUGGAGAAAUGGACUAUAAGACCUACCUGGACUUUGUGCUUGCAUUAGAAAACAGAAAGGAACCUGCAGCUCUACAAUAUAUUUUCAAACUGCUUGAUAUAGAGAACAAAGGAUACCUGAAUGUUUUUUCCCUGAAUUAUUUCUUUAGGGCUAUUCAGGAACAAAUGAAAAUCCAUGGACAAGAACCAGUUUCUUUUCAAGAUGUCAAGGAUGAAAUCUUUGAUAUGGUGAAGCCCAAGGAUCCGUACAAGAUCUCCCUUCAAGACUUAAUCAACAGUAGCCAAGGAGACACUGUUACCAGCAUUCUAAUUGAUCUGAAUGGCUUCUGGACCUAUGAGAACAGAGAGGUUCUUGUAGCAAGUGAUAAUGACAAUACUACAGAUAUUGACGAUACAUAACAGGAAUACAUUGUACUCAUGGAGAUGUGCCUAAAUGUGCACAAACUCUGAAGC